CAAAAUACAAUUCAUAAGAGCAUGAGCAGCGAACCUUGCAAUUCCCCAUUUCUAAUGUUUUUUUUUAUUAUUUUAAUUUUUUUUUUCGUUUGACUUUGAAAAAAGAAUAUAUAUAUAUAAAAGAACUUAUCGCGGGCCGCCACGUAUCGUGGGGUCCGCGGAACAGUAACGAAACGGUAUCACUCCAGCGAACCUGCACGAGCCGGGUUCAUUAAAAUUUGAUUAUUUUAAUAUUUUUUUCCCUCAAAAAUCGUGUGAACUCUAGUGUUGAUUCUUCGUGCGGAUGGUCUAAGUUGCAUGAUUAAAGGUCACGCAAAAGCAUAAAUGGUAAUGAUACAUCUCUGACAGUGCAAAUGACCUAACUCUUAAUAAAAAUCGGAUCUGCUCCUCUGGAUCAUCAUCUCUUUGUACCACUCUUUUUAUUUUAAUGUACAAAAUUGCAAAACCACGUGUAUCUUGUGUAGUUUACAUAGACUUAUAAGCUUCACCGUCAUCAAUUUCAAAAAUGAUGAUUAUUUUUCUGUUUAAUAAGAAAAGUAUAGCUUAAGAAAGAGAGAUUGUGGAUGUUAAGAGUGAGAAAUAUUGGCCACUUACCAAUUUGUAAAAUAGCCAGCAGAUUCAUGUUAGAAAUUAGGACUCACCAGAGAAAAUUCGGGUCUUCUUUUCACUGCAACAAAUUUUGAUUUUCAUAUCGCUUUCAAUGUACCCAUAAUUCUGAUAGAUUUCUUGGAUAUAUAUAGUUGGUAAAAUGUUGAAAUGGUGGAACAUGAGAUGGGAAAUGAACAAAAACUUUCUUAUUAUAUCUGAAGCAGAGAUGCAAGAUUAUUCUGGACAUUUCUUCUUGCAGGAUAAAUAUUGUCUAUGCAUACACUUUCAUAAAUAAAGAUUAGUAAAACAUGGUCACAAUAAUGUAACGGCUUACCAAUCAAACAUAUUAGUGGGCUUGUAACUUAUGGGUUUGGGUUUCUUUUUUUAUAUCAUAUGAUCUAUCUAUCGGACUAAAAGUAGAAAUAAUGAAACAUGGCAGAGAGAGAGAAAAAUUUGAUGUCCAUAUGUGUAUAAGGUUAUAUAUUGUACAAAUCACAACAAGUAAUGGGCUGCUAAAUUGAAAGUUGAUAACUCUACAAGCUAGAAGUAUAGAUAGAAUCUACGCUGGAGGAAUCCAAUUAACUGUAAACAUCAAACCUGGCUUCCUCGCAAACGACCACAUGUGUAACCAUUUUUAGAAAAUUUUAUGUUUUACUAACGAGGCAAUACUAACGAAGUAACAUGAUAUAAACAAACUAUUUACUCCAUUUAGUUUCAAAAAACUAUUUAUUCCAUUUUAUCAAAAAAAAAAAGCAUUUUUUUCAAAUAGUUUUUUUUUUUAAGUUUUUGUCACAAAAAUAACUUUUAAAAAAGAAAGUGACCAAAAUAGUAUUUGUUAUUUUGAAAAUUUUAAUAUUUAUUUUAUUUUUUAAAAUUUGAAAUCCCACCUCUAAAACUUCAUCCCUUAAUAAAAAUUUACUUUUGUCAUUUUUUUUAUUGAUGACUAUUUUGUGAAAAUAAGCUAAAAAAAUAUAUCAGAAAAUUUCUCAAAAGAAAAGAACUAUUUAUUCCAAGUUUCUAGAAAGAAAAACUAAUAAUUGUGUAUAUGUGGUAAGAAUAGAAUUUUUCGAAUUGGUCAAACCGAUUGGUCCUACAACGUAUACUAUAGUUUAACGGACAACUCGCAUAGACCGCAUAAACUGCUUACAUUGCUGCGGACACCUCUGAAUUUUCAUUCCUAUCUAAACUCACCCUUAAAAUACUACCUCCACAAUAAAAGUGUGCUAAGCGCAUAAACGCCGUUUAGGCCUAACACGAUUUCUUGGACACCGGCAAAAAUGGAAACAAAAAGUAUAAGAGAGUGAAAAGUUUAUGGUUAACGUGUAAACCUGCUACAACAUAAUCAACAUUGUGAUGUUUUACGUGUGAAUAAAGUCAGAAUUUGGUCACUAGAAUAAGCAUUUUUCUUACAUCCAUAACAAAAGAAGAAAGGUGUGUUUAUCUAUCGUUACUUUCGUAAUGACUUAAAAAUGGUUAUCACGCCUAAUAUUUCUAAACCAAACCCCCACCCACUCUUAAACAACAUUAUCAAAUCAUUAAAAAGGAGAAUCAUAAGAACACAACAGAAGAAAUGAUCCCAUCAUUACAAACAAGAAGAUUCUAGCUAUUACGUAAACCCACCAAAAAUUAGAUAAAAUGGCAGAUUUCGAUAUAGAGACCAGCAGCAACCAUAACAGCAACCACUCAACCGCAUCAACGACAAGCGUUCAUGUUUCAGCUCUCGACGGGAUAGUCAACGCAAAUUCACUCUUCACGGUUGCAGUCUUUGUCGGAAUCACAUUCGACCAACCACGUGACCUCAACCUCGCGGAUAGGACGGAGUGCAACGCGGGACGAGACGUGGAACGGGACCUCGUUGUGUUCGAAGUGAUCUCAUUUGCAUUCUUCCUCUUCUCCUCCCUCGUGGCUCAAGGGCUGAAGCUAACAAUAAACUUGUUGAACAGCAAAGAAACAGACGAGGUUUUUAAAGCAAAUAUCAACAGUGAUCUGCUUCGUCUCGGUGUGGUUGGUGCAGCCGGUGGGUCCAUCUUGGGUUGUGUGUUCCUUCUAUUGUCAAUGGUUGAAGUUAUUCAGCUCCGUCUCGGGCUGCUCUCUUGUGGUACCUCAUUGGCGAUUCAAACCAUGUUGGCGCUUGUGGUCUUGGUCUCUUCUGCUCUUAGUGUUUAUAUUUUCACUGUGUUUUACUCUUUCAGGAAAUGAUUGAUUAUCUUUUUACAUAUAUUAAGAACCUAAUAGUUGUAAUUUUGUAAAGUAACAUAUAGUUGUGAAAUUAGUGAUAUAAGUAUACACAUGUAUCUUAGUAUCUACAUAAAGAAAGAAAAAUAAUGUUUAAUAAAACCUAAACAAAUAGGAGUAUGUAUGUUUCGGUUAAAAAGACUACCGAGAAUGUGAAUUGAAUUAGUCCCUAGAGCCUGUACAUAAUUGAGAAUUGAAUUUGUCCUUAGAGAGCAUACAAACUUUUCAGCUUUAGAGAAUGAAGCAAUGGGUGAAAAUAUUGAUGACAAGAGCUUGAAGGUGCAGACAGAGAAAAUCAACAAAAACAAAGAACAGUCCACCUAUAUGGCAAAA